UGGUAAUUGCAGUAUCAGAAGCAGCAAUAGUAGUAGCUUUAAUGGCUGCUGCUAACAGUUUUAUAUAUAAAUCAUGUAUAUAACCUACCUGUUGCCCGGACCAAUCGGAGUCGAGGAUUCAGAUUAACGGCCGACCAGGAUGGAGAGAGCACGGGAGGAGGAGAGAAUGAGAAAGAGGGUAAGGGAGGACGUGGCGGACUGUGACCAGAGGCUUCGAACCCAGAAAGACAAAGUGUGUGAUCGAGCAGCGUCAGACAGAUCUGGACAGUUCGGGUUUCUGCCAAUCACAGCCGAAGGAGGCUCCAGCACUGGGUCCGAACCAUGCCGGUGAGACGGGGCCAUGUGGCGCCCCAAAACACUUUCCUGGAUACCAUCAUCCGCAAAUUCGAGGGACAGAAUCGAAAGUUUAUCAUUGCCAACGCACAGGUGGAGAAUUGCGCUAUCAUCUUCUGUAAUGAUGCCUUCUGUGGGAUGUGUGGUUACACCCGUGCGGAGAUCAUGCAGAAGCCCUGUACCUGUAGCUUCCUGUAUGGACCACACACCAAGAGACCAGCAGUGGCCCAGAUGGCUAAAGCUCUGCUGGGAGCAGAGGAGAGGAAGGUGGAGAUUUCUCUCUACACUAAAGAUGGAGUAUGUUUCCACUGUGCAAUAGAUGUGGUCCCAGUGAAGAAUGAAGACGGCCUGGUCAUCAUGUUCAUUCUCAAUUUUGAGCUUCCCACUGACCCCAGACCAACCAACACCUCUCCAGCCAGAGAACUCAACAGAGUGCUGCGUAUCCCCUGGCUGACCCUGGCUCGACCACAGCGGCUGCGCCUCCUCCUCCACUCUCUCAGCUCCAGUUCAGGUGUCCUGUCACAGGACACAGAGCUGAGUGUUCCUCUCGGUCAUGAAUCUGUGGCCCUGGACAAACUGCUGGAGGACGCAGGAGCUGGACUACUACUGUGGGACAAAGAAGGGGAGGAGGAGGGGGAAGAAGAACGAAUGAGAGGAGGCGAGAGGGACGGCUUGGUGGCAUCCAGGCGAAGGAGCGAGGGAGACAGAAAGAGAAGAGAAGGAGGUGAUGCUUGUGGGCUGUUGGUGGAUACAAGUGCAAGAGGAGAAGGAGGAGGAGGAGGAGGAGGAGGGAGGGGAGGGAGAAGAGGGAGGGAGUUCUACACAGGUCUGCCCCCUGCUCCAGCCUCAGCACCCCCAUCACUGGCCCUGCCACUGGCCUCCUCAUAUGCUCCACCGAGGAGAGAGGAGAGAAGAAGAGGCCGGGACAAAGAUGACUGUCCUUUCCACAUCAACCAUUCUCCUGGCAAAUUAGACAGCAGCUGUGGGAGUUUAAGACAUUCCUCCUCAGUGGAUGAUAUCAAGAGUGGGCCAAGUUACUGGGAAAAGAGACUGCAGCUGAGACACAGCUGUACUGCUGGUCUGGUAACUGUUAGAAAGAGCAGUGCACCAGUUGGGACCUCAGACAGUGAUUUGCGUUGCCAGACCGACAGCCAGCAGGUGAUCCAGAGCCUACUGGACACAAAGACAGACACCUUUGUGGCAUUACCUCCUGGUGAAAUCCGACCUCCUUGCAAACUGAUCGAUAGAACACAUCAUGUCACAGAGAAAGUCACCCAGGUGCUGUCUCUGGGUGCUGAUGUAUUACCAGAGUAUAAGCUGCAGACCCCCAGGAUCCAGAAGUGGACCAUCCUUCACUACAGUCCAUUCAAAGCUGUGUGGGACUGGGUCAUUCUGCUCUUAGUGAUUUAUACAGCCAUAUUUACUCCAUAUUCUGCUACAUUUCUACUAAGUGAGCAGGAGGAAGCAGCCAUGCAAACCUGUGGUUACUCCUGUUCGCCCCUCAACGUGGUGGAUCUUAUAGUGGACAUCAUGUUCAUCGUUGACAUCAUCAUUAACUUCAGAACGACAUAUGUUAACUCCAAUGAUGAGGUGGUGAGCCAGUCUUCUCGCAUUGCAGUCCACUACUUCAAAGGGUGGUUCCUCAUCGACAUGGUGGCAGCCAUUCCCUUUGAUCUCCUCAUCUACCGCUCAGGAGAGGAGGUGGUUAGGGGAGGUGGAGAAGGAGAGACCACCACACUGAUUGGCUUACUGAAGACAGCUCGGUUAUUGCGAUUGGUUCGUGUUGCCAGGAAGUUGGAUCGGUACUCAGAGUACGGUGCAGCUGUCCUCUUCCUCCUCAUGUGCACCUUUGCUCUUAUUGCCCACUGGCUGGCCUGCAUCUGGUAUGCCAUAGGUAAUGUAGAGAGGUCAACCUCAGCUGGGAUUGGCUGGUUGGACAAUCUGGGCGAGCAGCUGGGGAAGCCAUACAAUGACUCUAUCAUCGAGUCGGGUCCUUCCAUUAGAGAUAAAUAUGUCACAGCUCUGUACUUCACCUUCAGUAGUCUGACCAGUGUAGGCUUCGGGAACGUCUCCCCAAACACCAACUCUGAGAAGAUCUUCUCCAUCUGUGUCAUGCUUAUUGGCGCUCUGAUGUAUGCCAGUAUCUUUGGUAAUGUGUCAGCCAUUAUCCAGCGGCUAUACUCUGGUACGGCACGCUACCAUGCCCAGAUGAUGAGAGUUCGAGAGUUCAUCCGCUUCCACCAGAUCCCUAACCCUCUGAGACAGCGGCUGGAGGAUUACUUCCAACAUGCAUGGUCAUACACUAAUGGGAUAGAUAUGAAUGCUGUUUUAAAAGGUUUCCCCGAAUGUCUCCAGGCAGAUAUAUGUCUCCACCUCAACAGGACACUGCUGCAGAACUGUAAGGCUUUCAAAGGAUCCACUAAGGGCUGUCUGAGGGCACUAGCCAUGAGGUUUAAGACGACUCACGCUCCUCCUGGUGACACCUUAGUCCAUGCUGGAGACCUGAUAUCAGCUCUGUACUUCAUCUCCAGAGGAUCCAUAGAGAUCCUCAAAGGAGACGUGGUGGUAGCUAUACUGGGGAAGAAUGAUAUCUUUGGGGAGCCCAUCAACCUGUAUACUCUGCCAGGAAAAUCCAGUGCUGAUGUCAGAGCUCUGACCUACUGUGAUCUACACAAGAUAUACAGGGAGGAUAUGCUGGAGGUUCUGGACAUGUACCCUGAAUUUUGUGAAAAUUUUUGGUCCAACUUGGAGAUUACCUUCAAUCUCAGAGAUGUGAACAAUGAAGCUGUAGGUCUUCUAAAUGGAGAAGACUCUGAUUGUGAGGGAUUCAGCAGACCACAGAGGAAACACAAGCUCUCUUCCACUCAUACAGAUGCAUUCUCAGGAGUGUCCAACAUCUUUAGUUUCUGGGGCUCAGAGACUCGAGAGAAGCAGAUAUACCAGGAGGUACCCUGCUCCCACGGCCUCCCCUCACCUCCUCCUCAGCCUGCCUCCCAACAGCUACCUGAUCCCCUCUCCUCGUGCCACCCUCCCUCCUGUCCUUCUCUAAACAUUAUCUCUCGGAGGCAGAAGGUGAAACUCGAGAACAAGCUGGAAGCACUGCAGCGACAGAUAACCAGCUUGGAGUCUCGUAUGUCAGCAGACAUUGGGACCAUCAUGCAGCUGCUGCAGAGGCAGAUACCAAUGAUUCCACCUUCCUACAGCACCCUGACAUCAACACCUAAUGCACCUUCCUCCGCCAUCCUGUCCCCCAAUGCUGCUUCCCCCACACACAACUCACCAACCACCAACGCCCAGCAGCCACAGUCCAAUGAAAACCAAGAUUCCCUUCAACUCCCGUGAUUGUAGUUCCUCUGUCCUCCAUCUUACUGCCUCACCCCCUCUCAUCCCUGCCUCACCCAUUCACACUUCCAUAGCAGGAUCUGGUCACAGAUUGUGAGGACCAGUCCUCCAAACUCAGCAAACACCUCCUAUAGCCAACACCUUCACAACACAGUCCCUGUCCUCCCACCAUCAGUCAGUGAGUGGAAUCAACCAAUCAGACAACAGCCAGCUGAACCUCUCACCUGCUCAUUCCAGUACAAAAGCAGCAUCUAGCCAAUCAGAACAGCAUGUGAGCUCUAGGAGAUCCAGCGUCAACAGCAACUACCUGACUCUGCAAUAUGGUUCAAACCUAGUCUAAUAAACAGGACGGCUGUGGUGCAGAGGCAGAGCGGGUCGUCCCCUAAUCGGAAGGUUGCUGGUUCAAUCCCCAGCUCCUGGUGCCACAUGUCGAAUAGGUAAUAGGUACUGACCACUGCAGACUGGGAACACCCCAUCUGUCGUCUAACCAUCACAAUUUGGCCCUUGUCAAAGUCGCUCAAAUCCUCACGCUGCCCAUUUUUCCUGCUUCUAACACAUCAUCUUUGAGUUCACUUGCUGUCUAAUAUAUCCCACCGACAGGAGCCGUGAUAACCAGAUAAUCCGUGUUAUUAGUUUGCAAUUUAAUUUUGUCAGUGCUCACAGUGUUAUGGCUGAUAUAUGUGCACACUAGAAGGAUGUUUUCACUUUCAUCUGCUGUGUGAUUAUAAGGGGCAGGGCCUACCAGCAUGUGACAUCACACAUAGUUUUGAAGUCAUACCUGGUUCAGUAUGCAACUUGUACAGUGUGGUGUAGAAACUUGAA